CGGGGCUAAGCCUUCCCUCACUAGGGGCCUGGGAUCUCCGCGGACGUCUCUAGGGACCGCGACCAGUCGGCAGAGGAAAGGGGCAGAGGCAGGGAGCCUGGCGUUUGGGCGAGGAGCGACAGUUCUGAGAUCCGGUGGCUGCAACUCCUCCAGAAGCGACUGAGGCGCGAGCAGAUCGCCCAGUCUCAGCCAGUGUAGUAAACACACUUCAGAAACGUGAGGUGCCGGUGGUCACGUGGGGCGAGCGUCAUCCAGUGAGAAGCCGGGGGCGGGGCCGAGGCCGCUGACGCGGCGGCGGCGGCGGAGUCACCCGGGCAGCUUCGGGACCGGUGACCGGCCGGCGACCGUCCAGCGGCCUCGACCACCGCCUUCCUCCUCUCUCCUCGGUCGUCUCUCCCUGGCCGAGAGACAGCGUCGUCGACAGGGGCUGAAUCCUGACUGUUCCUCUCAGUGACUCACCUCCGGCGGGCCGUUUUGUCCUCAGGGGCCGCCUCGGUGGGGCGAGGUUUCCGUGACGAACCUCCUGGGGCUGUCGGUGCCCGCUCGGGCCGUCGUGGCGGCUCAAGCGCCUGGAACUUGCUCUGGCUCCGGCGGUCCGAGGCCCUGGAAGUUAUGCGUCGCCUGCAGGCGGUUGCGGCAGGCGCCGGCUCCUAAAGGGCGUCACACCCGGACUCCGCCGACUGGGCAACCUCCAUUCAUCUUCCAACUGCGCCUCCAGCGCCCCCGCCUUCUCCGGUCCCCUCCUCGGAUUCAUUUUUUCCUGUCCCCCCUCUGCCGCCCUUUCCUCACUCCUUGGGUGAGGCGAUUCUCCUGGAAACGAAGGCAUCGGUUAUGAGCCGGACCCUCCUUCCUUGAAUUUCUCGGUGGAGGAAGUCGGGGGUGACCCGCCGCGCCCCGGGCAUGGGGGUGAACGCUGUGCACUGGUUCCGAAAGGGGCUCCGACUCCACGACAACCCCGCCCUGAAGGAGUGCAUUCAGGGCGCCGACACCAUCCGCUGCGUCUACAUCCUUGACCCCUGGUUUGCCGGCUCCUCCAAUGUGGGCAUCAACAGGUGGCGAUUUUUGCUUCAAUGUCUUGAGGAUCUUGAUGCCAAUCUACGAAAAUUAAACUCUCGUCUGUUUGUGAUUCGUGGACAACCAGCAGAUGUGUUUCCCAGGCUUUUCAAGGAAUGGAACAUUGCUAAACUUUCAAUUGAGUAUGAUUCUGAGCCCUUUGGGAAGGAACGAGAUGCAGCUAUUAAGAAACUGGCUACUGAAGCUGGAGUAGAAGUCAUUGUACGAAUUUCACAUACAUUAUAUGACCUAGACAAGAUCAUAGAACUCAAUGGUGGACAACCGCCUCUUACUUAUAAAAGAUUCCAGACUCUUAUCAGCAAAAUGGAACCACUAGAGAUACCAGUAGAGACAAUUACUUCAGAAGUGAUAGAAAAGUGCACAACUCCUCUGUCUGAUGACCAUGAUGAGAAAUAUGGAGUCCCUUCACUGGAAGAGCUAGGUUUUGAUACAGAUGGCUUAUCCUCUGCAGUGUGGCCAGGUGGAGAAACUGAAGCACUUACACGUUUGGAAAGGCAUUUGGAAAGAAAAGCUUGGGUGGCAAACUUUGAAAGACCACGAAUGAAUGCAAAUUCCCUCCUUGCAAGCCCUACUGGACUCAGUCCUUAUCUUCGAUUUGGUUGUUUGUCAUGUCGACUAUUUUACUUCAAACUAACAGAUCUCUACAAAAAGGUAAAGAAGAACAGUUCCCCUCCUCUUUCUCUUUAUGGGCAACUAUUAUGGCGUGAAUUUUUCUAUACAGCAGCAACAAAUAAUCCACGCUUUGAUAAAAUGGAAGGAAACCCCAUCUGUGUUCAAAUUCCUUGGGAUAAGAAUCCUGAGGCUUUAGCCAAAUGGGCAGAAGGCCGGACAGGCUUUCCGUGGAUUGAUGCCAUCAUGACACAGCUUCGUCAGGAGGGUUGGAUUCACCAUUUAGCCAGACAUGCAGUUGCUUGCUUCCUGACACGAGGUGACCUGUGGAUUAGUUGGGAAGAAGGAAUGAAGGUAUUUGAAGAAUUAUUGCUUGAUGCAGAUUGGAGUAUAAAUGCUGGAAGUUGGAUGUGGCUGUCUUGUAGUUCCUUUUUCCAACAGUUUUUUCACUGCUAUUGUCCUGCUAGUUUUGGUAGGAGAACAGAUCCCAAUGGAGACUAUAUCAGGCGUUAUUUGCCUGUUCUAAGAGGCUUCCCUGCAAAAUAUAUCUAUGAUCCCUGGAAUGCACCAGAAGGUAUCCAAAAGGUAGCCAAAUGUUUGAUAGGAGUUAAUUAUCCUAAACCAAUGGUGAACCAUGCUGAGGCAAGCCGUUUGAAUAUUGAAAGGAUGAAACAGAUCUAUCAGCAGCUUUCACGAUAUAGAGGACUAGGUCUUCUUGCAUCAGUACCUUCUAAUCCUAAUGGGAAUGGAGGCUUCAUGGAAUAUUCUCCUGCAGAAAAUAUUCCAGGUUGUAGCAGCAGUGGAAAUUGCUCUCAAGGAAGUGGUAUUUUACAUUAUGCUCAUGGCGACAGUCAGCAGACUCACCUAUUGAAGCAAGGAAGAAGCUCCAUGGGCACUGGUUUCAGCGGUGGGAAACGCCCUAGUCAGGAAGAGGACACGCAGAGUAUUGGUUCUAAAGUCCAGAGGCAGAGCACAAAUUAGAAAACAUUCAGGAGGAAUACUGUUGCAGCUGAAAUUGGUGGGGAGUUCAAUACUUUUCAAUUAAAUUAUUUUAAAAUGUUCUUCAUUGAUGGAAAGCAGUUACAUUUUGAAAUGCAUUGUUUCUAAUGACAUUUCUGUGGUUUUUAACUUUUUAAUGAAUUUCACAUAGGACAAAUGGUAAUUUGUAUAUAAAGAACUUGGUAAAAGAAUUUGCUUAAUGUAAAUAUAAAUAGUUACAAUUAGUAUAGACCCAUCAAUAUAUUUUUGAUAAUUUUUCAUGUAUGGUAAAAUGUUAAAGUUAACAAAAUGAUAUUCUGAUAUAAAACUCAAAAGUUUUGAGAGUCAAUAUGGGAAAACAGGAGGUUUUUAGACUUUCUUAAGAGACUUUGUUAAAAUUUUAGGGCAAAAUUUUCUUGAUGUUGUUUGAUCUAACUUUGUACUCUUUGAUAAUAAUGUUUUAGAAAAUGUGCAUAAUCAAAAUUGGUAGUUGUAGCCUCUGUUAACACAGAUAAUGUAUGUUUUAAAUCUUUAUGUACACCAGUUUUGACUCAAACUUAUAGAAGAUCAUGUGUUAAGUUCUCCUUGUCUCCCUUUCUUUGUUCAUUUACAGUUAAAGUGACCUUGUUAUUAAAGUAUAUACAAAUAUGAAA